AUGGACUCAAUGAGAUCGUUGAAUACCUCGCUUCCCAGCUCCACAUCCCACGUCCAACCACCCGAACAAUUAUUACAGGCCUUCAAAGCUGCUGCUCUCUCGGUCACGAACCUAUAUAAGAGUGCUGUCACAGACCAGGCACAGGCAAAACAGCUAGGUUACCAGGAAGCCAUCGAAGAUCUCUUGCAUUUCCUUGACCGAAAACAUCUUGGAUUAGGGGAUGGUGAAGGUUGGCAGGUCCGUCAAUGGGCUACAGAACGACUUGACGGAGUUCCCGCCAACAGUGAGAGUGAGGAUGACGACAAGCCAGCGCGGAGUGCAUCGCCGGUAGUUAAUCGGAAGGAACAUCAUGACAACGAUCAAUCACGACAGAUUUCGGAGAAUACACAAUCACGAACGGAUCAUGAUACUGACGAGCAACGACCCCGAGAACCCGAGACGACCCAACCUACCGACCCCGCUGAUACUACGUUUACGAAACCUCCUGUCUUCACAUUCACCUCCGGUCCUACGUUUCCAGUCUUUCCACAAGAGGUUGACAUGCAAGCAUCGGAUGCUGUAUCCGUGACCUCAACCCCACAAGACGAGACGGGAGUAUCCAUAUUUUCACGAAACACACGAACUUCCGGCCGUCUCAACAACAAUAUUCGGCAUGGGACAAGCUUAGGAAGCAAGCGCAAGCUACAAUUUCCCGAUUUCUUCGACAUCUCGGGUCUGAAUGGACGCGAGUUUUUUGGCGGUGGCAAACGAGGACGAUUUACAUGA